AAGUCCUUCUUGAUGAAGCAGGGCGGGAUGCCACUGAUGCAUUUGAAGAUGUUGGACAUUCUGAAGAAGCCCUUGAAAUCCUAAAAGGGCUAGAAAUUGGCGAAUUAAAAGAUGUUAGUAAAUAA